AUGGCAGGGAAGAAGAUCCCCUGCAACAGGCUCCUCAACUUCCUGCUCUUCGGCUUCACCUUCAGCUGCUGCCUCUUGGUUUCUUUUCAUCAGUUCAGAGCUUCUCAGCCAGGGCACUACAACUCCAGUCCCUCUGCCCAGGCUGGGAACACCAGCACCCCACUGAAAGGGAAGAGCAGGCUGACCAUCCUGCUCUGGAAGAUGCCCUUUGGGCAGCAAAUCAGCUUCAAAAACUGCUCAACUCUGUACAGCACCCCCGAGUGCCACUUCAUCUCCAACCACAGCUGGUCCCAAGAGGCUGAUGCUGUGAUCGUGCACCACAGGGAUGUGUAUGGAGACCUGGAGGGGCUGGCCCAGCUCCCCAGACUCCCUUCUCAGCUCUGGAUCUGGUUUAACCUGGAGUCUCCAAGUCACUCUCCAAACUUAGGUGCCAUGGACAACCUCUUCAACCUGACCAUGUCUUACCGGAGGGACUCGGAUAUCUUCACCCCCUAUGGGGAGCUACAGCUCCUUGGCCAGCCCCAACCACUCAGCAUCCCACCCAAAACCAGGCUGGUGGCCUGGGUGGUCAGCAACUGGAGAGCAGACUCCUACCGGGUGAGGUACUACGAGCAGCUGAAGCAGCACAUCUCCGUGGAUGUCUACGGGCAGUACCACUUGCCUCUGCCCUGGCACGAGCUCCUCCCCACCGUGUCCCAGUACAGCUUCUACCUGGCCUUUGAGAACUCCCAGCACGAAGACUACAUCACUGAGAAGCUCUGGAGGAAUGCCCUGUCCUCUGGCACCAUCCCCGUGGUGCUGGGGCCUCCCCGGGAAAACUACGAGCGCUUCUUGCCCCCCGAGUCCUUCAUCCACGUGGAUGAUUUUGCCAGUGCUGGGGAACUUGCCCAGUACCUGCUGGAGCUGAGUGAGGACCCUGAGAGGUACCAGAGCUACUUCCAGUGGCGCAAGUGGUUGAAACCCGUGGUGGGGACUGGUUGGGGCCUGCACUUGUGCAGAGCUUGUCACUUCUUGCAGACAACAGAGGCCAGGUACCGGGUGGUGCCCGAUCUGUCUGAGUGGUUCGUGUAA